AUGGUUCGGGAGAGCGCAUUCGCUAGCGGCGCCAUGAAUUUUCUUGUGCACGGCGCGGGCCGCCGCGCUCGCCGCGUCCGAAUAAACGUUCUGAGCCCCUCUCGUUUUGUUUCCUUUCACUGUAUUGCUCUGUCUCGUUCUGUCGCCCUCAUGGCCUUCGCUUGGCUGGUCGCGCACGGGGGGCGGGUGCGGGUCCGUGUGUGCGUCGCGCCCGAGCGGCCAGUGAGUGACCUGUGCCGGGUUUCAGGGUCGGAGGACGUGUCGUUCUCGCGCAUCGGCGGCCUGUCGUGGGAGCAGUGGUCGGCGCGGCUGGCGCUGCCGCUGUGCGGCGCUGCGGGGGCGGCGGCCGGGGCGGGGGCGGGGGCGGGAGGGGGCGGCGCCCCGCGGCCCGGCGGCGGCUUCGCGUGCCCCGACUGCGGCCGCGGCUACAAGCUCAAGUCGUCGCUGCGCAACCACCAGAAGUGGGAGUGCGGCAAGGAGCCGCAGUUCCAGUGCCCCUACUGCGCCUACCGCGCCAAGCAGAAGAUGCACAUCGCGCGCCACAUGGAGCGCAUGCACCGCGACCUGCACAUCAAGCCCGAGCCCUACAUCAAGCAGGACAACGUGGACGCCUCGUGCAUAAGCACAAUUUGCUGCUACACGAGCGCCAUCUACAUAAAGAUCUGCCAGAGAAAGUGGACUUCGUGUCCGAAUGACCAGCCGCCAAUAGAGCCCAUUGGCAGACACGAAGGCAAUCGAGGUGAAGUGGAUUUCUUUAAAACGAUGAUGCAAAACAUGUUACCCAUCAUGCCAAUGAAGACUAAAAACUACUGGUCCCAAUACGACACAAGUUUCGAGUGCGAAAAAUGCAAGAGGAAAUACAGACACAAGAGCACGUACAGGAGGCACGUUACUUACGAGUGCGGCAAAGAGCCAAUGUUUAGGUGCCCGUUCUUAGAAUGCACCUACAAAGCGUACCAAAAAACUCACACAGACGCCCACAUCAAGACGAAACAUAAAUUAACCGCGAUAGAGUACAAGCGA